AUGGUGGUGUUGUCGAAAACAACAGCAGAACAGUACUCUUAUUCGUAUAUUAGGAACUGCAAAGCAACGACAUUCCCCACAGCAACAGGGAUCCCUGUGGUGGACCUCUCCAAACCUGACGCAAAAAGCCUCAUAGUGAAGGCUUGUGAGGAGUUCGGAUUUUUCAAAGUCAUAAACCAUGGUGUUCCCAUGGACGCUAUCUCCAAGUUGGAGUCUGAAGCCGUCAACUUUUUCUCUCUGCCCCUCACACAGAAAGAAAAAGCUGGGCCUCCCAAUCCAUUUGGCUAUGGAAACAAGAAAAUUGGAGUAAAUGGGGAUGUUGGUUGGGUUGAAUAUCUUCUUCUCACCAACAACCAAGAUUACAACUCCAUCGCCCUCUCCCCUGCUUUUCCCCAUAACCCAGACAACUUUCGGUGUGUGUUGAGCGAUUAUAUGCGUGCUGUGAGGAAUAUGGGUUGUGAGAUUCUUGAAUUGAUGGCUGAAGGAUUGAACAUUGAGGAAACGAAGGUGUUCAGCAAGCUUCUGAUGGACAAAGAUAGUGACUCUGUGUUCAGGCUCAAUCAUUACCCUCCUUGCCCUCUUGAUAAGGGUUUGAAUGACAAUGAUGAAAACGUUGUUGGGUUUGGUGAACACACAGAUCCACAAAUCAUUUCCUUGUUGAGAUCCAACAACACUUCUGGUCUCCAAAUUUGUCUGAGAGACAAGAGUUGGAUUUCAGUUCCACCCGACCACAGCUCCUUCUUCGUCAAUGUCGGUGAUUCCCUCCAGGUUAUGACUAAUGGACGGUUCAGGAGUGUGAGGCACAGGGUUAUAGCAAAUGGGUUCAAAUCGAGGCUUUCAAUGAUUUAUUUUGGUGGUCCACCUCUGAGUGAGAAAAUAGCACCAUUGCCUUCUCUUAUGAAAGGAAAGGAAAGCUUAUACAAAGAGUUUACAUGGUUUGAGUACAAAAAAUCAGCCUAUGCUACAAGAUUGGCAGAUAACAGGCUUGGCAACUUCGAGAGAAUUGCAGCUUCAUAA